AUGCACGGGCAGCAACAGGCGACAACGGGCAGCACAGGCACGGGCAGCAACGGGCGGCAACGGGCAGCACAGGCACGGGCAGCAACGGGCGGCAACAGGCAGCACAUGCACGGGCAGCAACGGGCAGCACAGGCACGGGCAGCAACGGGCGGCAACGGGCAGCACAGGCACGGGCAGCAACGGGCGGCAACAGGCAGCACAGGCACGGGCAACAAUAGGCAGCACAGGCACAGGCAGCAACAGGCAGCAACGGGCAGCACAGGCACGGGCAGCAACAGGCGGCAACGGGCAGCACAGGCACGGGCAGCAACGGGCGGCAACAGGCAGCACAGGCACGGGCAGCAACGGGCGGCAACGGGCAGCGCAGGCAUGGGCAGCAACAGGCGGCAACGGGCAGCACAGGCACGGGCAGCAAUGGGUGGCAACGGGCAGCACAGGCACGGGCAGCAAUGGGCGGCAACAGGCAGCACAGGCACGGACAGCAACGGGCAGCACAGGCACGGGCAGCAACGGGCGGCAACGGGCAGCACAGGCACGGGCAGCAACGGGCGGCAACAGGCAGCACAGGCACGGGCAGCAACAGGCAGCAACAGGCAGAACAGGCACGGGCAGCAACGGGCGGCAACAGGCAGCACAUGCACAGGCAGCAACAGGCAGUACAGGCACGGGCAGCAACGGGCGGCAACAGGCAGCACAAGCACGGGCAGCAACGGGCGGCAACAGGCCGCACAGGCACGGGCAGCAACAGGCAGCAACAGGCAGCAACAGGUAGCAAAGAAGAUAGUUCCUCUCGUCCACAUACGGCGCUGUGCAACUCGUUACCGGGCCAUUCUUCAUGUCACGGUGAGAGAAGGGAGACGGGUGGGAGGGGGGAGAGAGGGGGGGAAGGCGAGGGGCGGGGGAGGGGGAGGAGAGGGGGAGGGGGAGGAGAGGGGAGGUGGAGGAGAGGGGGAGGGGGAGGAUGACUUCCGUGAAUGUCUGGAUGGGUGGGGGGUGUGGGGGAGUUGCCUGCUGCUCUAA